UGGAGUGAUGCGAAUCUGGCCUGGAAUGAAAGUGAAUACAAUAACAUUCCCUCCAUCGUAGUUAUGGCCUCUGACGUUUGGAUUCCUGACGUUUCAGUGAAAAAUGGAUUUUUCGACGGCUUGACGGAAAACUCACUCCAAGAAGUCAUCAUAUCGUCAAAGGGAGAAAUGUCAUUGGACCUUUUGAAGGAGACGACGACUUUUUGUAAAUUAGAUUUGACUUAUUUUCCAUUUGACGUGCAGACUUGCUACAUAGGUUUCGACAUCUGGGCUUAUACUAAAGAACAGGUAGUUUCAAUUCUUGGUAGUUUGUGGCUGCUAUGGUUUUGGCCAGAGGGGGAGCCAAAUAUCGUCGAUGCCCAACAGAAUGACGCCUUCUAUAAUGAUGGCACCAGGGAUAUGACGUACUCAGAGGUUAACUUCGUCAUCCAUCUCAAGAGAAACCCGCUGUUUCACGUAACCUAUUUCAUUUAUCCAUGCCUCAUCUCUUCUGUAGCGACAACCUUCGUCUUCCUGGUACCCUCUGACACCAAUCAAAAAAUUGAAUUCAGCACUACUAUUCUUAUAUCCUUCUCCGUCUUCUUGAAUACCAUGUACUUCAGUUUGCCGAAAUCUGGAGAUUAUAUCCCGUUUUUGGCUUUCUACGUGGUCUUCGUAAUAUUCAUAUCAUCCCUGUCCGUGUUUUUUACGGUGUUCGUUCUAAUCCUUCACUAC